UGUCAUCUUUGGAAGGAGGCAGCAUGGCUGGCGCUUUGUUGAGGCUAACUUUGGGUCGCACUCUACAGUCAGUGCUACGUUUUCGACCUCCAGACAGUGGGUGUUCGCGGUUUGGAGUCCAUCGGUAUAUUGGGUCAGGGAGGCUGUUUAGCAACACUUCCUCGAGUCGGAAAAUUAACCGAGCGUUAGCUUGCGCCUUUCUCCUCGGUGGUGGCGUUGGGAUUUACCAGGCUGUUCAAGUCACCUUACAGCAGCACCGCGCUGAGACGGAACCACCUCAGCCUGUUCCGUCUGGAAGUGGAGAGCUGCAGUUGAUCCUGUACCAGUAUCAGACAUGCCCAUUUUGCAGCAAAGUACGGGCCUUCUUGGACUACCAUGGCAUGAGCUACAACAUUGUGGAAGUGAACCCAGUCCUGCGCAAGGAAAUCAAGUUUUCCGACUACAGGAAAGUUCCUAUUUUGGUCAUUGAUGGAGAAGAAAAACUGCAAAUUAACGAUUCCUCUGUUAUCAUCAGUGUUUUGAAAACCUAUAUGGUGUCCAAAAAAAAAAAUCUCCGGCAGAUUAUUUCGUUUUUUCCGGAGAUGAGAUCGAAAAAUGAAAAGGGCAAAGAAAUUGUGGAGUAUAACAACAGACACUGGGUGAUGCUGGAUGAAGCCGAAGCUGAACUGCUAUAUCCAGUGAAGGACUCCAGGAAGGAGGAAAUAAAAUGGCGGCAAUGGGCAGAUGACUGGUUGGUUCAUCUGAUCUCUCCAAACGUAUACCGCAGCCCCCAGGAAGCCCUGGCAUCUUUUGAUUACAUUGUCCGGGAGGGCAAGUUUGGAACCGUUGAAGGAUUUUUCGCUAAGUAUGUUGGUGCUGCAGCAAUGUACUUCAUUAGCAAGAGACUGAAGAACAAGCACAACCUCCAGGAUGAUGUCAGGCAAGACCUUUACCAAGCUGUGGACAAAUGGGUUAAAGCUGUUGGUAAACACAGGCCUUUCAUGGGUGGCAGCCAGCCAAACCUUGCAGAUUUGGCUGUGUAUGGGGUGCUGCGAGUAAUGGAGGGCCUCCAGUCUUUUGAGGACAUGAUGACUCACACCAAAGUGAAAACAUGGUACCAUCAGAUGGAAAAUGUCAUUAGGCGCCAAGAAGGCAGGAUUUGACUUGGUGGAAACUGUAGGAGCCUUCUGAAAGAGAAAUGGUUGCAGAAACUCUAUAAAGAGUUUAUUUUUUAAAAACACAGGUCUUCCAUCAGCCUGGCUAAGUGGAACAUCUAUGCCAAUCCACUGGAUGCUCUUUGCGAUUGUCCUUCAGACCAGAGUCCCAGGUUGUUUAAUUUAGUAUGACAUUAAAGGGAAGCUGGUGGGAGUUAUGACUAUUAGGUAUAUAUGCACUUCGUGACUUUUGAUAUCUUAAUUAUUAUGAAAAACGGUAGGCUGCGGUUUUCUGGUUGAAACUAAGAAGGUCUUCAGUGAGACAUAUUUGGAGUAGCAAUUCAUUUUUGAGAAAAAAUGGUUAUAGAAAUUCAGAAAGGUUUAAAUAUGGAGAGUGUAAACCUUAAUCUGACCUUGGCCUGCUUUAUUGUCAUUUGGGUAUUUUAAGAAUCAUUAAAAUGAGUUGAAGCCUCAAAGGAAGGUAAAUGGGGAAAAGAAUCUGGAAAAUUGCCUUUUGACAAAAUUUUUUUUUUCCUUCACGUCUCUUUUUUUAUGUUCCUAAACCUGCAUUCUUUAUAACUUUGACUAACAUUUUAGGAGCAUUUUCUUUGUCAUUCAUACUGCUUCAAGUCUAAUGAUUUGCUAUAAAUCUAUAUUUAUUUUUGUGCAUUCUCUUGGGCAUCUUGGAAGUAUUUCUCUAUGUAGGGUGAAUUUCCUCCUCGUGCUCAUGUGAAUCACUCCUAAUUAUCUCCUAAAUGUUCAAAGGUAAUUGACGCCAGACUAACUUUCAUGAAAACAAGCACUGCUCAAUGCUUUAGGAGGUGAUAUUGUAAGUUGAAUUGCUGGUGACUCCAUUUUGUCUCACUCUCUUUAUGCAAAUAAGUUUUAUGAUAAUGUUGACUUCUCUAUGAAGAAGCACGAAGGCUAUGCUUGACCUGAGUCUUUACAGCAUAGAACAGCAGACUUUUGAUUUUAUUAAUGAAAAAACUGUUCAAAACUUAUUUCUGACAGCAAAUAUGGUGCAGACUUAAAAGUUUAUCACAGACUAACAGAAGAACCUGACAUUGCUUAGGUAUGUAUGUACGAUGGGUUAAGGUAAGAAAUCAGAUAUUUGUGUUUUUACUUUCUCGUAUAGGGAAAGUAUUGGAAUCAUCCAAAAAUUCGAUUUUGAUGACUUUCCACGUCUUAGACGUCCCUGAGUCCGAAAUUUUUAGAAUUGUGUGUGUGUGUAUAAACAUGAUAACUUGAGUACGCUUUCACUUGGGUCAACCAAAUUUUGCACUUGAGUAUUAGGUACAAAACGUAGAUUUCUAUCAACUUUUGAGCUAUUUCUGCUAGCCAGAAGUGAUACUUUACCUGAAACAUUUACCCAAAAAUAUAAAAAAUGUGAUCAUUUCACAUCAUAUUAUGGUAAAGCACCACAUUUUGAGCAUUUUUUCUCCCUUUGCAAAUUUUUCGAAAAAUGACCGGUUUUCAAGAUAAUGACAAAUUUCAAUUUGAUGUUCAGAUGGUUCUACAUACAUGUUUGAGAACAUUUUGUGUACAAUUACUACAUUAUACACAUUACUAAAGUCUCUUGCAACUUUUGACCCACUUCCGCUUACUGAAAGUGGUAAUAUACAGUAUCUGAAUUGUUUGCCAAAAUAAAAUUAUCAUGGCAAAUGUUUUAUUCAUGAAGCUGCAGAGUCUGAUUUAUUCAACUUUACUUUUAUAAGAAUUUUUCAAUAUAUUGAUUUGAUUUGUUGUUGAUGGUUUUUUUAAUGUACGUUAUAUAAAAAUCAUUGUCCGUCCCCAUAUCUGAGUAUACGAGAAAGUCUAGGGGAGAGCACUCCCGAUUUUUAUUUAAAUGUUGACCCUUUUGUCAGUGCUAGCUGAGAUCAAGUGAUCCAUCCGUCAUCUACAUCACCCCUCUACUCUAUCAGUGUCUGUUGGAUUCCAUGGUUGGGGAUAUGACCAUAAAUGUCUUUUGUAUUUCCUGGUUUAGUGGGACUUCACAAAUAGAUGUUUUAAUCCAACAUUAAUAAAUUGGUUUCUUUGGUCCUUGGACUCAAAUAUUAUUACAUUAGCCUAGCUGUCUAUCUACUUGGAGGGUAAUUAGGGUUCACAGACAUCGCUUCAGGACUCUUGUAUUACAGGAGACAUCACCAGUGGUGGUAUUCCAUAAUGUUAUAAAGGUGAUUCUUUCAAUUUUGAAUUAAAAUAGUUAAAAA